AUGUCCUUCCCGUUCAGGAGGAGAGAAGCCAACCAGUUCAAGCACAUUGCUCAUGGCCUCAUCCCUGCAGCCACCGUAGCCCCCCGCUCCGCCGUUCCUCGCACCCCUCCUCCCCGUAGCCCAAACCCCUCUCCAGAGAGACCCAGGUCCGCUCUUGCUGCUGCUGUUUUGAUGACCUCUUUAACCGGUCGCACAGUCGCCAUACCACAGCCUCGCCAAAGGUCCUACUCUGACAGCAUAUGUGAAACAGAGCACAUUGAACCCUAUGCUUCGGCCUCAGAGCUCGGACUAGCGUAA